AUGGCAAUCAUCAGCGUCGCGAUUCUCGCGCUCCUCGUUCACGCUAUAUACGGGCUCGACACGGCGGUGUCGGUGCGAAUCCGAGGCCGCCUAUUGUGCGAGGGAAAGCCGAUGAUCUUCUUCCCGAUCGAAUUGGUCGAGAAGAACAUUCUGUUCGCCGACACGGUUGUCAAACGCGGCGAGACCGACGGCGACGGCUACUUUGACAUUUCCGGCACCAUCGAUGAUUGGUUCGUCGGACCAUCACCGUACUUCCACGUGGCGCAUCAAUGCUAUGGCGAUACGCAAAAUAUUCUAAGCUAUUGUCACAAGGAGUUCUACAUCUACUUCCUACGAGAAUUCCAGAAUCCGCCGAAUUCGUUCAGCAAGAUCUACGAUCUCGGAACACGAGAAAUGAAAUCGGAUGUCCAUAUUUGGAAUUGCAUAUUUUAA